AUGGCGCAUUUCCGUCGCUGCAACGAGAAAAAUGUGGACCUGAACCGCAACUGUCUCUUACCGCAGGAGUUUGAGAGAUUGCAAACCGAAGACAAACUGGCGACAAUCUACAGCAGUUUCGAUCCUCUGUUUAAUCCAACGGUGACACCGAGUUGGUUCUACCGGAAUGUGGCCAUUUGGCCACACAUGGCUUCCUACGUUGCUGCCUAUGGCUUUGGAUACAUCAAGACCGCGCUAGUCGGUGGCACAUACACCCAGGAGCAAGGGAUGUUCUUCGGCGGCCGAGAGUUGCAGAAAUCGCACGUUCUGCUGCGAGACUUCUUCAGGGAGCAUUUCGGCAAGGUGCCGGCAAAGGAGAUUGCAUGGGUCGACGUGCAUACUGGACUUGGCGCAGAAGGCGUGGAUGUGCUUCUGGGCAAUUUCGAAGAUCGACAGCUCAUGGAU